AUAGGGGAUGGAGAUCUGGAUCUCGGUCUAACUGUGGGUGGGGAAUGGUUGUUCCCAAUCAGGCUCUUCACCAAAUUCACCGAGUUUCGACGAGUCUCUGACUGGACAGAUCCCCAAACACGCCCCUGAACGCGUUGGAACGAGGAGGGGAAGAAGGAGUUGGCUGCUUCUGGACAGAAGGAGGAGGCUUGCGGAAUCUUAACUCAGUGGAAGGUAGCAGACGCACAAGAAAUUGGGUAAUCUCAAUCCUGUGGGAAGAAGAGGAGGGAAGAAGAAUAAGAAGAAACUGGGGAGUUCUUAAGUAAGAAAAGUACGGGUCUUGAUUCAAAGAGGAGGAGAACAAGAAGAAGGAUUGAGGAAUCCUAAUGGAGGCUAGUGGAUUAGAGAGAUGGAAAGCGGCGAUAGUGAAUUUAACAGAAAUGGAGACGACCCUCGGUUCUCUUCAGAAGAUGCUGGUCAAGAAGGCGGUUUUCGUCGACGACGAAUCUUUCUCUCAGGCGACGCUCGUCUCCGAUCAGGCUCGGACAAUCAAGGCCCUUGAGCAGAGAGUAGAAACAUUGGAGCGGGAACUGGAUGCUGCAAUAACAGCAGCCGCACGUGCUCGUGCAGAGAAGCGGCAGGCUGAAGCAGGCCAGCGAGCGGCUGAGUUACAUGCACAGGAACUAUCGAAAGAGCUCGAGAAUACAACAAAGGUGUUUGAACUUCACAUGGAAGAGCUGAGGGCCAAGCAAGAGGUGAUUGCAAGGAAAGAUGAAGAGAUCAAAGUUUUGGAAGCUAUAAUUCAAACAUUAAGUGGAAAAGUAUCUGUAUCUGAUGCCUGAUUAAAGGCCCUGGAAAAGCCAUUGUGAAGCUACAGUAUCAUAGUCCUGAUUCUACUUCCCUAGAAAAGGUUCUAGUUUUGCAUAACUGGCCUUCUUGCACUUUGAAUAUGGGAAGAGUGUUAUUUUUGGUGAUUCGAUGCUAUCAAUCUCGUGCCUAUUAGCGUGUACCAGCCGAUACACAUUAAAUUGGAUACUCUACAGUGCCCGACACGUGGGUCUCAAAGUGUUGGCCAUUGCAGGGCCGAGUCAAGCCAUAUCAGCCUCGUGUUGAUGAUAUUUGAAUAAAACGAUAUUUGUGCUUGUGUUUA